AUUACUUUUUAAUUAUUUGUUUUCUGUUCACUCGCCCCACCCUUCAACAUCCUGCUUUCCUUUCGUAAAAUCUUGUAGCAAUAAACUUUAUAAUGAGUCUCGCACAAUUCUAUACAAAAAUAUUCGGACUGGGCAUCUUUCUUGGUUCCGGUGUCGAGCUCAUGCUGAUCAAGAGCAAUUACUAUCAAAUGCUGGCUGCAUCUGAAGCCAAGCAGCGGGCAAAAGAACAGGAACAAGAACAGCAAGAUAUCGAACGUUUCAAACGUAUUGCCCAAGAACAACCACCGCAACAGAAGCAGUGAUAACAAUCGUCGUAAAACACACGUACUUACAAAGAUAUCAAUCACGUUUGCAAGAAUUGAAAAACACGCACCAGUCAUAUUCAGGAGCUAUCAAGUACCUCCUCCUUGUCGCAUCUACAACGUUUUAUCUUACCCAAACCAACCCCCCACCCACACUCCCGAAAGAGCAGUCAGAAGCUUUUUCAUGUACAUAUAUAGAACCUUUUAAUUUACUGUCGUCCUCGUCAUCGUCAUAAUUGAUCAUCAUUGCAUACACUACUAUCAUGUCAAUUUCUACUUAAUAAUUUGACGUGUCAAUUCCUACUUGAUAAUUUGACAUACGUGGUUAUACUUUGGGUUGCAUAUAUAUCAAAAACAUACUUCCGCAGUAGGAACAUCAAUGUUUCAAUCGCCUUAAGCACAUGUUUCCUUUUAAAAAAUACGAAUAGAUCUAGCGAAACUUAAAC